AUGCCACCUAAACGCAAGGCGGUGAGUGCGGCGGACGUCAAGAGCGACGGUCCUCCAACCCGGACUAGCAAGAGAAUUCGCGAUAAGCAGUUACAGGCUGCCGCAAAGCUAGUCAGUGAUGCCGGCCAUCUCGAAACAAAAGCUAUGUCAUCAGCGCCGAAGCAGAAUGCGGCGAGGAAAAGAGGCCCUUGGGGGGAAGACUAUCUCAUGACGAGCACAAAAUCAGCUUUGGCCCAUGCAGACCUAGUGAGGCUGUUUUCAAACCCUAAAGCAUGGGAAUGCCUAGAGGAAGACGAAAAACGAGAGCUGCUCUCUUUACUACCAGCGCAUAUUCACCCAAACCCCGAUCCAGAUCCCAACGAUCCAGAAGCAAAAAUUCCACCCUUACCCGAAACCUUUCUGCGCUACGACAACAACUGGCGCGCGGCACUGCGCAAUUUCCAGUCCGAUCUCGAGUCUGGUCGGUACAGACCUGAUUGGCAGCGACAAGCCAAACAGGCCGUCCAGGAAAGAGCACAGGGCAAAUUCGACGAUUACAAGGAGCAGGAGUUCGAGCAGUUCUGGGGCCAGAAACAGAAGAUCAAUCAUGGCUUGAUUGCUGGGGAGAGUUCGAAAGUCAAGUUGGAGACGUUGAUUGCGCAUGAUGUUGUGAGGGUGGGGGAUGUUUGGAAGUAUUGCCGUGUGUUUGGGGGAAAGAAGGCGCAGAUCCUGGUAGAGAAGGAGGUCAAGAUCACGGCUAUUGAUGGUGCGAAACUGAGCUUUUUGAUGCCGACUGGACAGAGGGUGUUUUUGAGCGCGGGCAGUGAUUUAAAGUCCGCAGACGGGAAGAUCGAGAAUGAAAGGGAACGGAGCGCAGGUGAGGGGACUGAGGACAUCAAGACUGAAGGCAAGAUCGUCGGAUUCGAGAGAAUUGAAAAUAGCAUUAGCGACGGGAAGACUGAGAAUGCGGAUGAGGUCAAGGACAAUACACAAAUGGACAUUGAUCUGCAUCCAGCUUCCCAACCAGGCGAAGAUCCACCAUCACAGGCACUUGAUGAGCACACACAGGGCCAUGCUAGCACACAGUACAAUCUCAAGGGACUUCUCGACUAUGCCCUACCAUCGGUAGAGGCCACGGCCGAAGGGGAGAAAGAUAAAAUUGACUCGAAAGAAUCAAAACCGACAGCGCACCAGCAAGAGGCACCAGAAAGUCCGGUCGCAGAAGUUGGAAUCCGUCGGAAGAGAGGACGUCCUGCGAAACGCAAAUCUCCUCACGAUGAAGUCCAACACACUCCGAUUGAAGUCAAUGGAGCUACAGAAAUCGAAGCAGCAGGACUUUCUAAAGAAGAUGUCGAGGAACCCGCAGCCAUCACCGAGAACGGCGUCAAUGCAGACCCCCUUCAAGAGUCAGCACCUGAGCAGGAACACAAAAAUGCCGACUCUUCGCAGCAGUCUACGACUCCAACGACGGCGAACCUUCGUGAAACUGCACUAUCACCCAAGUUCGAAGAGUCAGAAUCAGCACAAUGCAGUGCGACCGCCACACCCCUAGAAGUCGAGAUUCACGAUAUUGCAGGACCAAACGCCCUUAUGAAGAAGAUUCUCGAGACCGACGGCCGUGUUAAAAAUCCUCCAAAUGGAAAUGCCUGGAAGGAAAUUCGCUGCUACAGAAACAAUCAGGAUAUGGGCAGUUUAUGGGAGGUCAGACAGGCCUGGUACGUCAAGUACCAGCAGGACUAG